AUGUGGUUAAUUAAACAAUUCAAAAAAGAUAAACAUAAAGAUGGUCAUGACCAUGAUCAUCAUCACGACAAAGAACACCAUGACUCUGAAGGUUCAGCUCACCCAGAGAAAGGAGAAACCGGACAACAGACACAACCAAAUCCAGUACCACCACCAGCGAAAUCAAUGUUGGAGGCUUGCAAAGUGUUGAAGUUGGGUGAUGAAGUCGUAAUGAAUGCAGUUUACUAUGACUUUUAUCGUGAUAUCGAUAAACAUCUGGCUUCGGCACACACCCCUAUCACUGGUCUCCUCCCACAACUCCAAUCCUCCAACCAAUUCAUCUUGCAAGACUUUACCAUUCAUGCCAAAAUCAACGAUACCUGCUCCAUCUCUGUUUACCGUCAAAAGUACACCAAUUCCUAUGAAUCUCCAGUUGAAGCAACCUACCAACUAUCACUUCCAUCCUAUGCCACUGUUUCUGCUUUCACCAUAUUGAAAGGAAUUAUCAAGGAUAAGGAAACUGCAAAGGCAGAGUAUAACGAUGCUAUUGCUUCGGGUGGACAAGCAUUUAUGGCAGAGAAGAGCGAUAGUGGCAGUUUCAAUCUUCAACUCGGUAACAUUCCACCAAAGAAAGAGGUCACUGUAGAGGUUACAAUCAUCUCUGAGAUCUGUACUUCACUCGAGAAUCUCCAUUAUUUCAUUCACAAGAGUAUGUUCCCAGCCAACUCUAGAUACAACUUUAAAUUCACUGCCGAAGUACACCUCUCCACACCGAUUGUCGAGAUUGGUAUGGAUCGUUUGGCUGUCAACGAAUUUAUCACUGACGGACCAAGCUAUGCCAAGUUGGUAUACCAAGUUGUCGAUCCACCUGUUCCAACUAUCAAUCGCAUCGGUAACAUCUUGGUCGCUAUCACCCCACAAAAGUCUGAGAAACCACAAUACUUUGUUGAGUACAACCAAGAGGACGAAGGUUAUGCAGUCGGAAUCAACUUUUAUCCAAAAUUCGAAUUGGAACCAGAGUUUCUCAAUCAAAAAGCAGAGUUUAUCUUUGUUCUCGAUUGUUCGGGAUCGAUGAGCGGUCGCCGUAUCCAAAAGGCAAAGGCUGUACUUCAACUUAUUAUGCGUUCACUCAACGAGAAUAUCAAGUUCAACAUCGUCAGAUUCGGUAGUAGUUUUGUUAAAGUUUAUCCACGGUCCACUGUUUACAAUGACGAAACUCUAAGCUCGGUUUCCACCCAGAUUCAAUUUUUCGAUGCAGAUUUGGGUGGUACCGAGUUGUUCCCAGCGAUUCGUGAUAUCCUUAGCACAGAAGCCGAUCCUGCCUACCCAAGACAGGUGUUUGUUCUGACGGACGGUGAGAUCUACGAUCGUAAACAACUCAUUAGCUACGUCGCUAAGGAGUCGAGCUCCACCCGUAUCUUCACCGUUGGUAUCGGUGGCCAAGUCGAUCGUGAACUCGUCAUCGGUCUAUCGAACAGCUGCAAAGGAUUCUACGAUUUCAUUGCGGAGAACGACACCGACUACGAAGGUAAAAUAAUGAAACUGCUGGAGAUUUCAUUCCAACCGAUGAUUUCCAAUAUCAAGGUCGACUGGGGACAACUCAAGACUAUCCAGUCGCCAGCUGCAAUCCGUCCUAUCUACGCCGGUGAACGUAUGAUGAUCUACGGUGUUUUGAACAAACAGGACUUCAAGAAUCACAAGACCACUGUUACCAUCACAGGUGACGGUCCAACCGGUGAAACCCUCAAAUACGAGAUUCCAAUCGUGCUCACCAAAGACAACGACGCAACUGUCAAUCUCCACUCGAUGGCAACCUACAUGCGUAUCAACGAUUUGGAACGUGAGGAAGAAAAGGGUAAGAAUAACAAGGAGUUGAUUAUCCGAUUGUCAAAGAGAUUCGGUUUGGUUAGCAAACAUACCUCCUACAUUGUCACCAACGAAUCGGAGGAGGUCAUCGAAGACACAAUGAAGUCGGUGAAGAUCAACGAUACUGAAAACGAUGAAGCUGUAUCACAAGUUGACAGCUUUGCUCCACCACCACCACCAUCAAACUCAAACACAACCUCAAGGCUAUCGCCAAGAUUAAGACAACAACAACCACAACAACAACAAGUUUUAACCAAACAAAGUGCACCAUCACCAAAGAUCUCACAAAUCAGUCCAUGUGCUCCUCCACCACCACCAGGAGGUGCUCCACCACCCCCACGCCCAACCGCUUCAUUAGGUGAUACAUGUUUCAGUUCUGCACCACCACCACCACCUCCCCAAAUGGGACAGUGUGGUCCACCACCACCACCUGCACCACCCAGCCACGGACCAUCACCAUUCCACUAUGGUAAAGCUGCUCCAUCAUCGUACUCUCGUUCCAUGCCAUACCCAGGAUCGUACCCAGGAUCGUACGGCGUCGUCGAGAAGGCCACUCCAGGACCGUUCAACCAGUUGUUGGCUCUCCAAAAGGCCAACGGAACAUGGGACGACAAGAUCAAGCCACUCAUUGAAUUCGAAGAUACACUCAAGCCAAAGAUCAAGGUCAUCGAUAACAUCUGGUUUACCUUACUGGUUGUCGCUUUCUUCCAGACUCACUAUCAACCAAUUUCCUCGCAAUGGAAAUUGUCAAUCGCCAAAGCAAUCAAAUAUAUCAACCAACAGCUUGCUCAAUCCAAAGAACAAACCUCCUAUCAAGAUUUAAUGACAACCGCUAAAGCAUCUUUAAAGCACAUUGAAUUAAAGUUUUAA